UAAAUAGCUCGCUCCUUCACUCUCUCUAGUUCUCUCCUGAGCCAUGGCGACAUUACAAAGAAGAGCAUUGAUGAACGCUAAUUAUCUCGCGCUAGCCGUCGUUCUGUCUUUGCUUCUCGUGAUCUCUUCUGCGGAAGUAUUCUUUGAAGAGCGUUUUAAUGAUGGAUGGGAGAAUCGGUGGGUCAAAUCUGACUGGAAGAAAGACCAGAACAUGGCUGGAGAAUGGAACUUUACCUCUGGUAAAUGGAAUGGAGACUCUACCGAUAAAGGUAUCCAGACCAGCGAAGACUACAGGUUCUAUGCCAUCUCAGGCGAGUUCCCUGAAUUCAGCAACAAGGACAAGACAUUAAUUUUCCAGUUCUCCAUCAAGCAUGAACAGAAACUUGACUGUGGUGGUGGAUACAUGAAAUUGCUCAGUGGUGACAUUGAUCAGAAGAAAUUUGGCGGUGAUACCCCAUACAGCAUCAUGUUUGGGCCAGAUAUCUGUGGCUACAGCACCAAGAAAAUCCAUGCUAUUCUCACCUACAAGGGGACAAACCACUUGAUCAAAAAGGAAGUCCCAUGUGAGACAGAUCAACUGACUCAUGUCUAUACAUUUAUCAUCCGGCCUGAUGCUACUUACAGUAUCCUCGUUGACAAUGUGGAGAAACAGUCUGGUAGCUUGUACUCUGACUGGGAUCUUCUGCCACCAAGUACAAUCAAGGAUCCAGAGGCCAAGAAGCCCGAAGAUUGGGAUGACAGGGAGUACAUUCCUGACCCUGAAGACAAGAAGCCUGAGGGUUAUGAUGACAUCCCAAAGGAGAUGCCUGAUCCAGAUGCCAAGAAGCCCGAGGACUACGAUGAUGAGGAAGAUGGUGAAUGGACACCGCCAACUAUUACCAACCCCGAGUACUGGGGUCCAUGGAAGCCAAAGAAAGUGAAGAACGCCAACUACAAGGGCAAAUGGAAGGCACCAAUUAUUGAUAAUCCAGAAUUCAAAGACGACCCAGAUCUAUAUGUUUUCCCAAAUUUGAAGUAUGUGGGCAUUGAGUUGUGGCAGGUGAAAUCUGGAACCCUGUUUGACAAUAUCUUGUUAUGCGAUGAUGUGGAGUAUGCCAAGAAUGUAGCUGAAGAAACAUGGGGCAAACACAAGGACGCUGAGAAGGCUGCAUUUGAUGAAGCGGAAAAGAAGAGAGAGGAGGAGGAUGAUCCAGUUGAUUCCGAUGCUGAGGAUGGUGAUGGCGAUGGCAAAGAUGUCGAUGCUGAUGAUGACAUCAAGUCAGACACAAUGGAAGAUGAUGAUGCUUCAGUGAAUGAUGAUGUACAUGAUGAAUUGUAGGAAGCACCGAGUGAUGUUCGGCUCACAAUGUACUAUCAAGACGAAUUGCUUAGGGCUCAACAUUUUUUCCUUUCUUAACAUUCAAUUUUUAGCUGUAACUCUUCUUAACAAGCGAAAGGAACGAAUUGAGGAUGGUGCUGAUUCCCAUCAUUUCUUCAAAGCCAUGUUACUCGCGACCAAUAAAGAAACUUGUUCUGUUCUGUUUAGAUUUAUGAAAAUAGUUCGCAGAUUUAACCCCUAUUUGACCUUCAUUUUUAAAAUUUAUUUUCAACUAGAAAUUUUAGGAAAUCCGUAACUUUUAUUAACAUUUUAACAACCUCAAGCGAAAAGCUUAGAUUUAUGAACAUUUUGGACGUCAAACACUCGAGGACAGUUUUUUGAACAAAAAUUGGGCAUAAGCAAAAGUGAGCAAAAGCCACUAUAAGUUGAAUAAGACAAGAAA